CCGGAAGUGCCGCUCCCUGGUGGGGGCUGUUCAUGGCGGUUCCGGGGUCUCCAACAUUUUUCCCGGUUGUGGUCCAAAUCUGUCCGAAGCGGAGGCAGUGGAGCUUGAGGUUCUUGCUGGUGUGAAAUGACUGAGUACAAACUGGUGGUGGUUGGAGCAGGUGGUGUUGGGAAAAGCGCACUGACAAUCCAGCUGAUCCAGAACCACUUUGUAGAUGAAUAUGAUCCCACCAUAGAGGAUUCUUACCGAAAACAGGUGGUUAUAGAUGGUGAAACCUGUCUGUUGGACAUACUGGAUACAGCUGGACAAGAGGAGUACAGUGCCAUGAGAGACCAAUACAUGAGGACAGGCGAAGGCUUCCUUUGUGUAUUUGCCAUCAAUAAUAGCAAAUCAUUUGCAGAUAUUAACCUCUACAGGGAACAGAUUAAGCGUGUAAAAGACUCAGAUGAUGUACCUAUGGUGCUAGUAGGAAACAAGUGUGAUUUGCCAACAAGGACAGUUGACACAAAACAAGCCCAUGAACUGGCCAAGAGUUAUGGGAUUCCAUUCAUUGAAACCUCAGCCAAGACCAGACAGGGUGUUGAAGAUGCCUUUUACACACUGGUAAGAGAAAUACGUCAGUACCGAAUGAAAAAACUCAACAGCAGUGAUGAUGGGACUCAAGGUUGUAUGGGAUUGCCAUGUGUGGUGAUGUAACAAGAUACUUUUAAAGUUCUAGCAUGAGAAAAGAGCCACCGUCAAGAUUCCAUGUUUAUUUCAGCUGCACUGACACCUUGGUCCUGACUUCCCUGGAGGAGAAGUAUUCCUGUUGCUAUCUUCAGUCUCACAAACAAGCUCCUGCGAUUUCCCCAACUCUCAGUAGAUCAGUAUAAUUUUCUCUAUUUGAGAAGUUCUCAGAGUAACUACCUCCUCACUUGGUUGUCUGACCAGAGAAAUGAACCUCUUGUUACUCCCAGUAUUUCUCCACCCUGGGUUCUCCCCGAGCACACACAAACCAACCUCCGCCACCCCAGGUUUUUCAUCUGAAAAGCAAUUAAUGCUCUGAAACAGAGAACCAAACUGUAGAAACAUGAAAUUCUGUAGAAAACAAUGUCUUGAGCUCUGAAGUAGCAACUGCUGGUGAUUUUUUUUCCUUUUUACUGUUGAACUUGGAACUAUGUUGGGUUUUGGAGAAAUGUCAUAAAUUACUGUUUUGCUGAGAAUAUA